CACAGUUCCCCACCGGUAAUGCUCGCGAGAAGAUGCCUCUCCCGCCACCUCCACUCCUCAUCCAAUCACAUCGUCUCCCGCCAAAACAACGGCCAUUUCGCGCCAGAUUCAAAUCUAAGCUUACUUUGCCUCAACGGUAGGCUCAGUGAUGCUCUCCUUGCAAUGGCCUUCCUUGGACCAGAGGUCUGCUUCCAUGGCUAUGACUCGCUUAUCACCCAAUGCAUCGGUCUUGGAGCUCUCAGGGAGGGUCAGCGAGUCCAUGCCCACAUCAUCAAGACCCUUUACCACCCCAAUGUCUACCUUGAGACCAGGCUCUUGAUCAUGUAUGUCAAGUGUGGCUCAUUGCGGGAUGCUCGCAUGAUGCUUGAUGGAAUGCCACAGAGGAGUAUUGUCUCUUGGACUGCUAUGAUUUCUGGGUAUUCGCAGAGUGGACUUCACUCUGAGGGGCUGGACCUCUUCCUUCAGAUGUUGAAAACAGGCAUGAAACCAAAUGAAUAUACAUUUGCUACCGCACUGACAUCUUGUACUGGUCCAUUUGGUCUUGAGAAUGGAAUACAAAUCCAUUCUCUUGCAUUAAAGAGCAACUUUGAUACACACAUAUUUGUUGGUAGCUCUCUUCUUGACAUGUAUGCAAAAAGUGGAAAAAUCCAUGAAGCUCGUAGAAUAUUUGACAUGCUGCCUGAAAGAGAUGUUGUUUCUUGUACUGCUAUUAUUUCUGGAUAUGCACAAUUGGGCCUUGAUGACGAAGCCUUGGAUUUAUUUCGGAAAUUAUUUAAUGAUGGAAUGGAAUGUAAUUAUGUUACUUUUGCUAGUCUUCUGACUGCAUUGUCUGGCCUUGCUGCUUUAAAUUAUGGCAGGCAAGUUCACGGUCUGGUAGUCCGGCGUGAAGUACCAUUUUAUGUUGUCCUACAGAAUUCUCUUAUUGAUAUGUACUCAAAAUGCGGGAAUGUUGCUUAUUCUAGGAGGAUUUUUGAUAGCAUGCCAGAGAGAACUACGAUCAGCUGGAAUGCUAUGCUUGUAGGAUAUAGUAAGCAUGGCCUAGGGCAUGAGGUUGUCAAGCUUUUCAAGUCCAUGAAUGUGGUUAAACCUGAUGGUGUUACUUACAUGGCUGUUCUAACCGGUUGCAGCCACGGUGGAUUAGUUGAUGAGGGUCUUGAUAUCUUUGAAAGCAUGCUUGAUGAGAAGAGUGUCAAGCCAGAUAUAGAGCAUUAUGGUUGUGUCGUUGAUCUUCUUGGACGUGCCGGGAGAAUAGAAAAGGCUUUUAACUUCAUACUAGAUAUGCCAUUUGAGCCAACCUCAGCUAUAUGGGGCUCACUUUUAAGUGCUUGCAGACUUCAUGCUAAUGUUCAUAUUGGAGAAUUUGUUUUUCAAAAGCUCCUUGACCUCGAACCAGAAAACGCAGGAAGCUAUGUGAUUCUCUCUAAUUUAUAUGCUAAUGCUGGGAGAUGGGAGGACGUGCUUAAAGUGAGACAGUUAAUGAAGGAAAAGACGGUGACAAAAGAGCCGGGGAGGAGCUGGAUUGAUCUUGAGAAAACAGUUCAUACUUUCCAUUCUGGUGACCGCACACAUCCUCAGAAGGAGGUAAUAAAUGCCAAGGUCAUGGAGUUGUUCGUGAAGAUCAAAGAGGCAGGCUAUGUUCCUGAUCUGAGUUGUGUGUUGCAUGAUGUGGAUGAUGAGCAGAAGGAGCGAAUCCUUCUUGGUCACAGUGAGAAAUUGGCAAUAGCUUUUGGGAUGAUGCACACUUCUUACAAUGGGACGAUAAGAAUAGUGAAGAACCUCCGCAUCUGUGUUGAUUGCCAUAAUUUUGCAAAGUUUGUAUCAAAGGUUUGUGAAAGAGAACUCUCGCUGAGGGAUAAGAACCGCUUUCAUCUGGUAGUAGGAGGGUCAUGUUCUUGUGGAGACUACUGGUGAAUGAUGAAGUUUCAAUCCUUUUCGAAUACCUUGACAGAGGAGUUUUGCUCUAAGGCUAGGCACAUGUUCUUUGGAAGAUAACAAGCUCUUGGAUAAUUCCGAUACCAUAACAAGCAUAUGUGCUAAUUGAUAGUUAAGUUGCAUUUGUUAAGCAUGGUAAAAUUAUGAGGUAACUCAUCAAGAGUAGAAUAUUCUUCUGAAGUUAUGCCUGGAAUAGAGCAUUAUCAGUGUGCUGUAAAAUCCUCAUGCAGAAAUAGUGGCUUCAAAUGAUUGCUGAUCAACUUGAUUACAGUUUAUCCUUGAUCAGAUGUUUUGCUCAGGAAUGCCAAGCUGUGAUCUCAGCUUUCUUUGAGGCUGUCAAUGCACUCAAACUGAACGUCAGUUUUCUUCGUCACGGUUUGUUUUGAGCUUAACUUUGUGGGAGUAUAGAAACUGAGAUUGUGAAGCCUAAAAGAACACUCCUCCGGUCCUCCCUAUGGUGUCUAGAUAAAUGAUCCUUUUCAUUACAAGGGAGCUUGAAGUGAAAAUGAAGGAUUUGGUGCUUAAAUCAGCACUUCAUAUGGGUUUUAGUUGUUGUAAAGGCACGAAGAAAAGAUCCAUAUGUUACAGUUAUGAAAUUCGUUUUUUGCUGAUAAUAAUGAGAGCAAAACAUAUAUUUGAAUUUUUUUUUCACUAUAUAUAUACACACAUUGAGCU